AUGGCCAUGCAGCGUUCUCUAGCGAAGCACUUAGGACGUAAGCUUCUUGUUAACAACAGAAGUGAUCGAAAACAACCGAUGGCUCGGUCUUGUGGUGUUUUUAUUAACCACAGAAGCAUCGACACCAAACGCUCAGUUGCUGGUUUGCUUUACGAUUACUUCCUUCGUCUAAAUCUUCACCCUUUCUUAGACAGCAAGAAUAUGAAACCUGGUGAUAAGCUCUUUGAACAUAUCGAUUCUGGAAUUCGAUCUUGUAAGAUUGGUGUUGCUAUUUUCUCUCCUACUUAUUGCAAUUCUUACUUUUGCCUCCAUGAAUUGGCUCUUUUAAUGGAGUGCAAGAAGAAGGUUGUUCCUAUCUUUUUCAACGUCAAGCCGUCGGAGCUUGCGGUGUUAGACGAUGGGAUUUGUCCGGCCAAGGAGUUGCAGAGGUUUAGAGGUGCACUUGAAGAAGCUAAGUACACCGUAGGCCUCACGUUUGAUUCCUCUAAUGGGGACUGGUCUGAAUUAAUAAGAAACACUACGGACAUUGUGGUCAAGAGUUUGAUUGAGUUGGAGGUAGAAGAAGAAAGCAAACGUCGCUCCUCACUCCCAACUUCCAUUACUGGUCAUCACCUUAUCUGA